UAGUGACGCCAGCCAAUGCCUCCACUGGGCGUGGUCGCUGAGUCCUCUGUGACAGCUGUAGCGGCCGUGGGCGUGGCCAACCAGCUGUCACACAGUGCUGAGCCUGUCCGUGGUCCCGCCCCCAUUUACUCUGGCGAACCCGCGGAUGACGUAUCUUGGUUGGAGGUGUUGGGCUUCCUGGGUAGGCUGCUGGGCGCAGUCGCCGCGCUGAAGGCAGCUGAGUAUCUGUUCCGUGCGCUGUGUACAGUCAUGGCCUGGAAGUCAGGGGGAGCCAGUCACUCCGAGCUGGUCAACAACCUGCGCAAAAAUGGAAUAAUCAAAUCAGAACGAGUUUUUGAAGUAAUGCUGGCAACAGAUCGACAACAUUAUGCAAAAUGUAAUCCAUACAUGGAUUCUCCUCAAUCAAUAGGUUUCCAAGCCACAAUUAGUGCUCCACAUAUGCAUGCAUAUGCUUUAGAACUCCUUCACGAACAGUUACAUGAAGGUGCCAAAGCUCUUGAUGUAGGUUCUGGAAGCGGAAUCCUUACGGCAUGUUUUUCAAGAAUGGUUGGUCCCAAAGGAAAAGUAAUAGGUAUUGAUCAUAUAAAGGAUUUAGUAGAUGACUCUAUAAAUAAUGUAAAAAAAGAUGACCCCACAUUUCUUUCAUCUGGUAGAGUGAAGUUAUUAGUUGGAGAUGGAAGGUUGGGAUACCCAGAAGAAGAACCUUACGAUGCCAUUCAUGUUGGAGCAGCUGCACCUGUUGUGCCUCAAGCCCUCAUAGAUCAACUAAAACCUGGAGGACGAUUGAUAUUACCAGUUGGACCAGCUGGCGGAAACCAAAUGUUGGAACAAUAUGAUAAGCUAGAAGAUGGAAGUGCCAAAAUGAAACCUCUGAUGGGGGUGAUAUACGUGCCUUUAACAGAUAAAGAAAAGCAGUGGUCCAGGUGGAAGUGAUUUUCUGUUCCCCUCUUUCUCCUUUGAGAUGUACAAAAGGUGAAAGGUCUGGAUUUCAGCAGAUAACUGAAGUGGCUGCCUUUGCUGCUGUCAUUGCUCUCUGCUAUUUCCAUACCAUUUAACGCUAGCUUAACAAGCAAAGCUGCAUCAGUGUGUUAGGACAAUAUAAAAACAUGCUUGCUUAAACAUUUAUGUAAUUUUGUUUUAUACUUAUUACAUAAUUAACAUUAGAUAGCCUUUUUAAAUGCAAUAGAACAUAAUUUUAGAUGCUUAUCACUUAUUGGAGUAGUAUUUUUUUAUUUUGUUUAACCAGCUUUAAAAUAAACAUUCCAGUUGAUUUUAUAAAAUGCAUUUUAAAUAUGAUUAGAAAA